AUGGCCACGACAGCGCACCCAAAACCCGUCGACGCCAUCCUCAACCACGCCGCGCAGCCCUACACUUUCCGCUUCUCGCCCUUCCUCCGGCAGACGUACCAGGUGGGCCUGCCGCCGGACCGCCCGAUAUGCAAGGCCUUCCAGGCGGGCAGCUGCCCCAACGGGACGCGCUGCUCGGAGCGGCACCCGACGGGGGGGCUCAACUCGCUCGUGUGCAAGCACUGGCUGCGCGGGCUGUGCAAGAAGGGCGAGCACUGCGAGUUCCUGCACGAGUACAACCUGCGCAAGAUGCCCGAGUGCAACUUCUUCAUGCGCAACGGGUACUGCUCCAACGGCGAGGAGUGCCUGUACCUGCACGUGGACCCGCUGAGCAAGCUGCCGCCGUGCCCGCACUACGACAUGGGCUUCUGCCCGCUGGGGCCGGUGUGCGCCAAGAAGCACGUCCGGCGGAAGCUGUGCCCGUUUUACCUCGCGGGCUUCUGUCCCGACGGGCCCGAGUGCAGGGUCGGCGCGCAUCCGAAGUGGUCCAAGGAUCUGGAGAAGCCGAAAAAAAAGACGGCAUUACAACUGAAGAAAACUGAAAGUUCAAAUCAACGAGUUAAUGAAUGA